CUUUCUUUUAAGAUACGCAUCCAUACUUCUGUGUGCAGGUGGCCUGUCCCUGGACAUUCAUAUAGAAAAUUUGCGUCUGUAAACAUCUUUAAAGUUUAUCAAAAGUGAUCGGUGGCACCAUCACACUAUGGGGAUUAAGUUCCUGGAAUUUGUAAAGCCGUUCUGUGCGGUUUUACCAGAAAUUGCCAAACCGGAUAGAAAGAUCCAAUUUAGAGAAAAGGUGCUAUGGACAGCAAUCACACUCUUCAUCUUCCUUGUCUGUUGCCAGAUUCCCUUGUUUGGAAUCAUGUCUUCAGACUCGGCCGAUCCCUUCUACUGGAUUCGUGUCAUCUUGGCUUCAAACAGAGGUACAUUGAUGGAGUUGGGUAUUUCCCCCAUUGUGACAUCUGGUCUGAUCAUGCAACUGUUGGCUGGUGCCAAGAUCAUUGAAGUUGGUGACACUCCUAAAGACAGAGCUCUCUACAAUGGAGCAAAUAAAUUGUUUGGUAUGGUGAUCACGGUGUGUCAGGCCAUCGUGUAUGUGAUGACAGGAAUGUAUGGUGACCCUGCCGAGAUCGGAGCUGGUGUCUGUCUUCUCAUCAUCAUUCAGCUGUUCGUUGCUGGUCUGAUUGUGCUGCUCCUUGAUGAACUUCUCCAGAAGGGCUACGGUCUGGGUUCUGGUAUCUCACUGUUUAUCGCCACCAACAUCUGUGAGACAAUUGUGUGGAAGGCAUUCAGCCCUGCCACUGUCAACACCGGAAGAGGCACAGAGUUCGAGGGUGCCAUUAUUGCCCUGUUCCACCUGUUGGCUACAAGGAACGACAAGGUCCGAGCUCUGCGUGAAGCUUUCUACAGACAGAACCUCCCCAACCUCAUGAACCUCAUGGCCACAAUAUUUGUGUUUGCCAUAGUUAUAUACUUCCAGGGAUUCCGUGUGGAUCUUCCUAUCAAGUCGGCCCGCUACAGAGGACAGUACACGUCAUACCCCAUCAAGCUUUUCUAUACCUCCAACAUUCCCAUCAUCCUUCAGAGUGCCCUAGUGUCAAAUCUCUACGUCAUUUCCCAGAUGUUGGCUACAAAGUUCAGUGGGAACUUUUUCGUCAACUUGCUCGGUGCUUGGGCUGAUGUUGGAGGCGGCGGCCCAGCCAGGUCCUACCCUGUAGGAGGUUUAUGCUACUACCUGUCUCCGCCCGAGACGUUAUCACAUGUAGUGGAAGAUCCUAUCCAUGCUGUUCUCUACAUAGUCUUUAUGUUGGGAUCAUGUGCGUUCUUCUCUAAAACCUGGAUUGAAGUCUCAGGGUCUAGUGCUAAAGAUGUUGCUAAGCAACUGAAGGAACAGCAGAUGGUGAUGCGAGGUCACCGAGACAAGUCUAUGAUCAAGGAGCUCAACCGAUACAUCCCUACUGCUGCUGCUUUCGGUGGUCUGUGUAUUGGAGCUCUCUCCGUCAUGGCUGACUUCAUGGGUGCCAUUGGCAGUGGAACUGGAAUCUUGCUGGCUGUAACGAUUAUUUACCAGUACUUUGAAAUUUUCGUCAAGGAACAGAGCGAAAUGGGAGGCAUGAGCACACUUCUCUUCUAGACUUUCGGACACGGAUAAACAGUUAAUAUUAUUAUUAUUAUUCUGCAGCUAUUUUUCAAUCUGCAGCAUUUGUACAUAUUUUUCUUGUCACACGAAACCUUGUCAUUAGAUAUUAAGAUAUCAUUUGCCCUCCACGGAUCUCAGUGGAAUCUGUUAAGUAGAAAAUGACCACAGCUUGAUUGUUUUAAAGAUUUACAUACCAAAGAUAUUUUAUAAGGGAAUAUAACUUCCUAGGAAAAGUUUUUAAGGAAAUGACAUGGAUAGAAAUUUGUAAAACAAUCUCUGUGGGUCGUGGAAAAAGUUUGUUCACAUUUGCAAAGUAGCCUCAUGACUUCAUUACACUAUUUUUUAUGGACAAUACGAAGGGACUACAUAAGGUACAGUGACAUCAAAAUGUAGUUCAAGCAUUUGUUAUAUGAAGCAAACUUAUUUUAGGUGUCUCAGAAGCAUUUCUUUUGUUUUGAAGAAAGUGUCGUAUGUUGUUAGAUUGGGUCGGUAUGAAAGAAACAUUCUGUAUCAUGAGUCCUCAGUGUUGAAAAACUAUAAAUAAAAAACUUUGUGUAAA